AUGGAUUUCUUCAACGAUUCUUCGGUUAAUAUUUCUUACCGAUAUUCUAAUUUGACCACAGUUGUAAAAUCGACCCUGCAGUGCAGCGCCAUCCUCCCGACCAUUUACGGCAUCAUCUGCUUCCUUGGCAUCCUGGGGAACUGCAUGGUGAUCUACACCAUCCUGAAGAAGACCAAAUGCCGCGCCAAGCAGACCGUCCCCGACAUCUUCAUCUUCAACCUGUCCAUUGUGGACCUGCUCUUCCUCCUGGGCAUGCCCUUCCUGAUCCACCAGCUGCUGGGCAACGGUGCCUGGCACUUCGGGGCCACCAUGUGCACCGUCAUCACGGUGCUAGACUCAAACAGUCAGAUCGUCAGCACGUACAUCCUGACCACCAUGACCCUGGACCGCUAUCUCGCCACCGUGCAUCCCAUCCGCUUCAACCACGUCCGCACGCCGUGCGCGGCCUCCCUGGCCAUCGGGCUGGUGUGGGCGCUGUCCCUGGUCACCAUCAUCCCUGUGUGGAUGUACGUGGGCCUGAUGCCGCUUCCCGGCGGGCUGGCGGGCUGCGCCCUGUUGCUGCCCAACCCCGCCACCGCCACCUACUGGUUCACACUCUAUCAGUUCUUCUUGGCCUUUGCGCUGCCGUUGGCUAUCAUCUGCCUGGUGUUCUUCAAGAUCCUGCACCACAUGGCCACCAGCGUGGCUCCCCUGCCCCCCCGGAGCCUCAGGGUGAGAACCCGGAAGGUGACCCGCAUGGCUGUGGCCAUCUGCCUGGCGUUCUUCACCUGCUGGGCUCCGUACUACAUCCUGCAGCUGGUGCACCUGGGGGUGCAGAAGCCCAGUGCUGCCUUCGCCUACGCCUAUAACAUCGCUAUCAGCAUGGGCUACGCCAACAGCUGCAUCAACCCCUUCCUGUACCUCACCCUCAGCGAGACCUUCAAGAGGCAGUUCCUGAGGGCCGUGAAGCCGCUGAACAGGGAGUUUAGGGUGGUUAACCUGAGCACCACAAACGGGGGCAACGUCAGCCUGAGACUGGUGCCCGGGGGGGCCCAGCCCCCGGCCAGCCAACCCCACAACGAGGCCACCGGAGACGGACUGUGA